AUAAAAUUUUUUUUUUUUUUUUAAUUCACCCAUCAUUUAUGAUCCGCAAACGCGGAAUAAACGUAUGUAACACAGUGUUACAGGUAAAAAAAAUAAUUGAAACAAAAUAAAAAAUAAAAAGUAAUUGUUGUUUUCUCUAAUUUAAUUAAUUUAAUUUAAUCAUGGCUUAGUGAUACAGUGAAUUGUUUUUGUACAAAAUAAUAUGUGAAUGUGAGUGACAUUUUAAAGUAUCCAAUUGAUACGCACUUUUUUUAUUUUUAUUUUUUUUUUUAAUUUACUGUGGAGAAAAAAAUAACGCCAUUUUGUGACCACGCACGGUGUUUGUACGUAAACAUUAAAAUGUUUUUUUUUUUAUUAUUUUUUUUUAUGUAAUAUUAGUUUGUAAACCUUGACCUUGAUUGAAAUAUAAUAUUGCUUGUUAUUUUAUGGUGAUUAUUAUUUUAUAGCUACGUUUUCAUAAGAGAAGAAGAAAAAUAAUUUAGGCUUAUAUUUUUUUUUUUUUUGUGAUGUUACAAGUUGAUAUAUUUUCGCGCCAAUUUAAAUUAUCUAAUUUUUUUAUUAUAUAUUUUAUUUUUGUGUAUCCAAAAAAACACCUGGUACAUCUGUCUCUGGGUGUGCAUUGUUAAAACAGCUGUAUAAAAAACAACUGAUUAUUUUUAUCACAACUUAAAUAUCAACAGGAUGCAUUAUGCAAACUACAUUUAAAUUGCUAAAUAAAAUAUAAAAAAUAUAAAUGACGUUUAUCUUUGAUAAAUCUACCUGACAGUUUUCGCCCAAAAAAAAAAAAAUAAAAAUAAUCAAGAUUAAAUAUUGUUGUGUGUGUUUGUGUGUGUUAUGUAAAUAGAACAGUUGUAAAAUUAAAAAUAGAGUACGACUAAUUUAAUAUUGAAUAAUAUUUUUUUUUAUUUAUAUAAACACAUGUUUACAAGUUGGGCUCUUUAAAUUUUGUGACAAUUGGAAAAUCAUAAUUCCAAAGAAAAUCAUAAUCCUCUUAGGGUAAUUAAAAGUAUUUAUUUGACUCGAUUAAAACGAGUCAUAAAUAAGGGAAUGAAAGAAUUAAAUUGGAGUUUUAUUAAUGUCAGAUAAAGAUAAUAAAAAAUGUCAGGUGAUUCUGGAUGGAAUGCCGUUAUUCAUCAUCCAUCUGAAUUAGAACUUCAAAGUUGGAGUUGGGAAGAUAAUGAUGGUGAACAAGAACGUGAAUUACCAUCAACAGUUGAUAUGGAUGCUAUUAAAAUUGGUAGUAGUAAUUGGGAUCCAGUAUCAGGUGUAAAUGAAAAUGAUUCAAUUGAUUCAGAAGAUGAUUCUGAUUCAGAUGACGACGAUGAUGAUGAUGAUAGUUCUGGUGGUACAGAUGGUAGUUGUUCAUACAGUGAUUCAGAUGAUACUGGUGAUGAUGAUUCAAGUAAUAAUAAUAAUAAUAAUAACAAUAAUUCAAAUACAGAUUAUUCAUCAGAUAAUAGUGAACAAACAUUUUCCAUACGUGAAACAAAUUAUGAGCAAGGUUCUCUUAAACUUAAAAUAUCAAUGAAAGGACAAAAAAAAGAUGAUGUUAAUGAUAAAAAGAAUGAUUUUAAAUCAAAAGAUAAUGGCAAAUUAACUAAAGAUGAUACAGAUUUAUUAAAAACAUCAUUAUUAUUGUCAACACCAUUGGCAUCAGCAGCACUUGUAGCAACAAGUGUAACAUCAAUUCCUUCAACAUCAACAUCAAGUUUAAUGACAAAUCAAAUACCAUUAACACCAGAAAAACAACAAACACCAUUACAAGAAAUAAAUCAAGAACAUUUAUCAGCAAUAAUACCUGAUCAAGAGGAUACACCAUUUGAUGGUUUUGAAGAUUCUGAAAGUGGUAGACUUGUAUCAAAAGCUAUUGAACGUAUGUCACUUGGUGCUGAUUCAGAUUCAAAUGAAAAUAAUGAUACAAAUCCAGUACCAGUUUAUAGUUCAUCAUUGUUACAACAAUUUGUUGAAAAAACAGCAUUAUUAUCAGAGCCAAGAAAACGUAGAAGUAGAUUAGUUAAAAAAACAGUUGAUAAUGAUUAUCCAUUAUUGUCAAAUGUAUCACCUGAUUCUGGUAUACAAUCUGUUGAUAAUAGUCCAUUACAUUUAGCAAUAUGUCCAUCAAGUCCACAAGCUACAUCAUCAGCUCCAACAACAACAGCUACAUCAACAACAACAACAGCAACAACAACAGGUGUAACAGCAGCAAUAGCAUCUUCAUCUUCUUUAACACCUUCAUCAAUACAAACAUCACAAUCACCAUUACAAUCAACAAAACCAGCUGUUAAUGUUGAUCGUGUACUUUAUCCACCAAAAAGAAAACCUGGUAGACCAGCUAAAAUGGUUACAACACAACCAAGAGGCCCAGGACGACCAAAAAUAAAAACAGAUGAUAAUAAAAUUAAUAAUAAAUUAAAUAAAAAUGUUAAUACUGAUGAUAAAUUAAAUAAUAAAAAUGGUGCUACGUUAAAUACAACAACAAAAAUAACUGAUGAUAAUAAUUUAAAAAAAGAUAAUAAUAAUACAAUAAUAAAUGAUAAAAAAUCAUCUAAAAAUUCAACAACAAUGACAACUAAAAAUAAUAAUGAUAAUAAUAAUACAAUUGUAGAUAAAAAAUUAUCAUCACCAUCAUCAUCAUCUGUAGGGAAAAAUCAAAGAUUAUUAAAAGGUAGUAAAAAAUCAAAAGACAAACAAGAUAAAACAAAAAAAGAUAAUAAUAAUUCAGUUAAAUUAACAGAUAAAACUUCCAUUGAUAAAGAAAAGUGCCUGAAUAAAAAUAAUAUUAAUAAAAAAAUAAGUAAAAAAAAUAUGAAAAAUUGUAAAAAAAUUAAAAAUGAAAUACGUAAAGUAGUAUCAUCAUCUUCGUCAAGAAAAAAAUUAAAUAGCCGUGUUAUUGUUAAAAAAUUACAUUCAAAAAUACGUAAAAGUACAAAAGAAAAUUGUCUAGAAACAUUAACAACAACAACAAGUAAAAAAACAUCAACAAAUAAAAAAUUAUUAUUAUCUGGUUCAAGAAGAGUAUUAAAAGAAAAUAAAAGUAGUAAAAAAAUAUCAGAAACAAAUGUUGUUGGUGUACAAACAAUAAUAUCAGUACCAAUUGAUUUGAAAAAUGAAAAUAUUGCUGUUGUUAAUAAAGAUAAUAAUUGUGAUAAAUCACCAAAAACAACAACAUCAAUAUUAGCAUCAUCAACAACAUCAACAACAGCAGCAGCAGCAACAACAACAAAUGUACGUCACAAAACACAUCAUCAUAAACACAGAAGAAGACUAGUUGUACCACCUAAAAAACCAAUUAAAAUUGAUCCAACAAUAAUCAUUGAGCUUGAAAAAUUAAUUGAAGAUUUUUCAAAAUCAUGUUCACUUGGUAGAAGUAGUACAAACAAUUCAAAUACAUCUGAAUUACCACAAAUAUUUCGUGUUAAAAAAAUAACUAAAAAACGUAAAGGUAUUGGAAGUGGUAGUGGUGGCGGUGGUGGUGGUGGUACUGGUGGUACUGGUACUGGUAAUAAUGGUAAUAGCAGUUGUGCUAGUGGAAGUAGUAGUAAUGGUACUAGUGGUGGUCCUAAUGAUGUAAAUACAAAUGAUGAACAAAAAUUAAAAAGAAGAUUAAAAAAAGAUAAAUUACCAAAUAAUAAUGAACAAAAAAAUAAUAGUAAUUCAUCAUCAAAUUCAAAUGAACAAAGAUUACCAUUAAAAAAACGUCAUUAUCAUUUAUCAAGUCCACAUUCAUCACAAAGUUCAAGUACAAGUUGUAAUGAAACAAAUUCAAAUGAAUUAAAUACAAUGGAAACACAUAUUGAAGAAGCUAUUGAAGCAACUAUUGAAAGAUACAGUACAAAUAAUGACAAUGAUAAUGAUAAAAUUGAUUCAACAGCAUUAAAAAAACGUUUAAGAGAUGCUGAUAAUAAUAGUGAUACAAGUGAUGAUGAUAAACCAUUAAAUCGUACUGAACAACAACAACAACAACAGCAACAGCCACCACGUAGAAAGAAAAAAAUUGUACGUGAUUUACGUGUUACUGUUACAAAAUUAAAUUCAGAUAAUCAUCAUAAUUUAACAUCAACAAUAAAUGAUAAUAAAACAAUAGCAAAUAAUGAAAAAACUAAAGAUAAAUUAAAUAAGACUGAUAAAAUGAUUGAUAAAUUAAAAAAUGAUAAAACAAUAAAUACAAAUGAUAAUAAAAAAAUUGAUAAAACAAUAGUAUCAUCAAAAAUAUCAAGUGAUGAUGUUAAAGAUAAAGAUACUGUUGUUGAUAAUAGCUCAACAACAGCAACAACAACAACAACAACAACAACAUCAACAACAACAACACCAUUAAUACAAAUUAAAAAAAAAGUUAGAAGAAGAAAAGCAAUUAAUCGUACUGGUUUUCCAACAUUGAAAAAGAAAAAAAAGAAAAUACCAAUUGUCAUUGCAAAUGUAGAGACAAAAAAAAUUGAUAAUGAAUUAACACUUGUUCCACGUGUUGAUGUAUCAUCUGUUGAAUUAAAAAAUGAAUCAAAAAUUGAAGAAAAAACAGUAUUAUCAGAGAGUGAUGUUAAUGGUGUAUUACCAAUAAUGGAAAUUGAUGAUGAUGAUGAUGAUACAAUAGUUAAUAAUAAUGAAGAAAAAAAUGAUAAUAACAAAAAUGAUUUUAAAGUUAUUGAUGAAUUAUCAUGUCAGAGUGCUUAUUCAGAUGAUGACACAACGGAUAAGCUACGUGAACGUAAAGAUUUAGUUGAUUGUGAAUGUAAUAAACCGUGUGAUAAAUUAUGUCCAGUUAAAUAUGAAAAAAUUCAAGAUUCACGUAUUUAUGAUGAAAAUGCAACACUCGAAGAAAGCCUUGAAAGAUACAAUGAGCUUCAAAAAUUAAAUGAAUUGAGUGAAGAAAAUGUUAAAAAACUUGAUCGUACAAAUUCAUUAAAAUUAGAAUUAUCAAAUUGUUUAAUUAAUAAUAAUAAUAAUGUUAUAAAUAAUAGUAAUAAACGUCGUCGUGAAUCAUCAAGUCCUUGUAAUUUAACAUUGCGUAGUAUAAAACGUUUAAAAAAUAAUGAAUAUGAUACAGAAAGUGAUGCAUUACCAUCAAGUGAUGUUGCAAGUGAUGGACCAGAUAAUAACACAUCAACAAAAAAUCCUUCAUCACGUAAAAAACAACCUCGAUGGAAAAAACGUUAUUUACAAGCUGGUUUAUAUUCAAACUUUUUCAAAACAAAUGAAGAACAAAAAAAAUUAAUAAAUACUGAUAAUAAUAAUAAAUCAAAAUUAAUAUAUGAUCCAAUUGAACAUCCACAUGGUUUAUUACCACCACCAAUACAUUGUGGUAAAUUUUUACGUCAAAAAAUAAUUGAUUUUCAAUUACCAUAUGAUUUAUGGUGGUUACAUACACAUUCAAAAUUACGUGAACAUGAUAAUGUUCCAUCAUGGAAUUAUCGUAAAAUACGUACAAAUAUAUAUUAUGAUGUUAAACCAACAACACAUUAUGAAGCACAAGCAUGUGAAUGUAAACAAGAUAGUCGUUGUACUGAUGAUUGUAUUAAUAAAAUGGUAUUUAGUGAAUGUUCAUCAUCAUUAUGUCCAUGUGGUGAUAAAUGUGAUAAUCAAAAAAUUCAAAAACAUGAAUGGUCACCUGGUUUACAAAGAUUUAUGACUGAAUCAAAAGGUUGGGGUAUUAAAACAAAAAGUCCAAUUGAAAAUGGUAAUUUUAUACUUGAAUAUGUUGGUGAAGUUGUAUCUGAACGUGAAUUUAAAUCACGUAUGGCAACAAAAUAUGCAAAUGAUACACAUCAUUAUUGUUUACAUCUUGAUGGUGGUUUAGUUAUUGAUGGUCAUCGUAUGGGUGGUGAUGGAAGAUUUGUUAAUCAUUCAUGUGAGCCAAAUUGUGAAAUGCAAAAAUGGAGUGUACAUGGUUUACCACGUAUGGCAUUAUUUGCAUUACGUGAUAUUAAACCUGGUGAAGAAUUAACAUAUGAUUAUAAUUUUGCAUUAUUUAAUCCAUCUGAGGGACAAGAAUGUCGUUGUGGUAGUGAUAUUUGUCGUGGUGUUAUUGGUGGUAAAUCACAGCGUGUUGCUAGACCAUCAACAACACCAGUACAAUUACAACAAACUGGUACCAACAACAACAACAACAAUAACAAUUCCAAUAGUAAUAACAACAAUACCAACAACAACAAUAGCAAUGAUGUUACUAUUAAUAAUGAUAGUAAUAAACGUACUGUUGGUAGACCACGUAAAAACAAUAGAAAAUCAAUAAUAGUACACUCAAAAAGUUUAUUUAAAACACGUAAAUUUGGUGAUACAAAUUUUAUAAAUCCACCAACAAUGAAACCAAUGUCAAAUCAACAAAAAUUAUUUGCCCAACAGCAUCAUUGUUUUUUAUUAAGAAAUUUAGAAAAAGUAAGAAGAGCAAAAUUACCAUUAUCACAAUUACAACAAGAACAACAUCAACAACAAUUUAAUACAAAUGGUAAAUUAAUUGAUAAUAAUAAUAAAUCUAUAAUUGGUAAUGGUAGUGGUGAUACAGGUGGUGGUGGUGGUGGUGAUAAUUUUAGUAGUGAUAAUAAUGGACAAUCAACAGAUAAAACAGAUGCAUUUUAUUCACAAUUAACAGCAUUAGCAAAUAAUUCAUCACGUACUGUUAGAACAAGAAGAUUAGCACAAGCACAAGAUGAUCCAGAAGUUAAUAAAACAGCAAAAUUAGCAAAAGUAUUAAAAGAAUUAUACACAAUUGUUGUAACAUCAAAUGAUGAAAAUAAUAAAUUAUUAUGUAAUCCAUUUAUAACAUUACCAGGUAAACGUAAAUUACCAGAAUAUUAUGAAAAAAUACAAGAGCCAAUUGAUUUAACAAUAAUUGAUGAAAAAAUACAAAAUGGUAAUUAUAAAACACCAGAACAAUUUGAUAAUGAUAUGAUUAAGCUAUUUGAUAAUAAUAUAAAAUAUUAUGGUAGAACAAGUGAAAUUGGUAUAUCAGCAGCAAGAUUACGUAAAUUAUAUUUAUGUAAUAAAAUAAAUUUUAUAGAUGCAAUAACAGAAGCAACUGGUAAAGUACCAACAAAUAGUUUUAUACCAUCACAAGGUUCAACAGCUGGUGAAGAAGAUGUUAUAAGAUGCAUAUGUGGUUUACAUCGUGAUGAAGGUUUAAUGAUACAAUGUGAACGUUGUUUAGUAUGGCAACAUUGUGAUUGUGUCAAGGCUGAUACGACAAUUGAAUCAUAUUUAUGUGAACGUUGUCAGCCACGUUAUGUUGAUUUUGAAAUACCAAUUGAAGUUGAUAAUAACAAUGAUACAAGUAAUGUUGAUGAUGAUGAUAAAGAUAAAAAAUAUUACGUUACAUUGCUACGUGAUGAUACAUUGCAAUUACGUCAAAAUGAUACUGUUUAUGUUUUACGUGAUACACCAGAUAAACAUACAUACAAAACAAUUGAAAAAUAUGAUUAUGAACAAAUGGAUAUAUUUAGAAUUGAAAGAUUAUGGAAGAAUUUAAAGGGAGAAAAAUUUGUAUUUGGACAUCAUUAUUUAAGACCUCAUGAAACUUAUCAUGAACCAACGAGAAAAUUUUAUACAAAUGAAGUUGUUUGUGCACCAUUGUAUGAAGCUGUACCAUGUGAUUUAAUUGCUGAAAGAUGUUGGGUACUUGAUCCACAUACUUAUUGUAAAGGUAGACCAGUUGGUGCAACACCAGAACAUACAUAUGUUUGUGAAUAUAGAGUUGAUAGAGCUGCACGUUUAUUUACUAAAGUUGCUAGGGCGAGACAUCAAGUAUGCACAAAACCAUAUGCAUUUGAAACAUUUACACAAAGAAUUAAACAUUAUCGUACUUAUUUGCCACAUAGUUUAGAAGGUAUACAAUCAACCAAAGGAAUGAAAGAUAAGAAAAAAAUAAAUCACAUUAUAAAUCAUGAUAAUCAAAAAACAGAUGAUAAAAAUAAUGGAAAAAAUCAAACUAAAACUGUUGGUAGAGCUAGACAUAAAUAUUUUGAUAAUUGUUUAUUAACACCAGCUUUACUAUUAGCUCAGAGAGAAAAAAAACGAAAGAGACUGAAUGAAAUACUGACAAAUCUCCUUCAACUAAUGCCGAAUAAAAAAGAACCUCUUGACAUGUCAUUUCUUCUUGAACGAAACAGAAGAAAUCGCAAAAGACCAGUAGCACCAAAUCCUUGACAGUGUUGUGCUGAUUGUAAGUGAAAAUAAUUAUUAAAAAUAUAUAUUAUUUUUAAAAUUUAAAAAAGAAAAAUAAUCAUUAGUUUAUAGAUUAUUUUUUUUUUGCAUUAGAUUUACAUUUUACGUACAAAAUAUUGCUACGUCUUCUUACACACCACUAUCCCGUCCAUUCAAGAUCAUAAUAGUUAUCAAAUUAAUUUUAUCAUUAAUGAUUAUAAUUAAAAAAAGCAACAUUAAU